AUGGCGAUGUCAGGGAGAACACAGGGCAUAGCAAUGGCGACAAACUUCAUGAAAUCCCUAGUAAUCCAAAGAUCCUCCACUCUUCCUUCCAGCUCACGAUGCCUCAGCGACGCCGUUAGCAGCGAGGUUGUCACCUCCCACACCGCCAAAUGGAUGCAGGAUACAAGCAAAAAAUCUCCAAUGGAAUUAAUCAAUGAAGUUCCACCCAUCAAAGUUGAAGGUCGGAUUGUUGCUUGUGAAGGAGACAAUGAUCCUGCACUUGGACAUCCAAUUGAGUUCAUAUGCCUUGACCUGGAUGAGCCGGCAGUAUGCAAGUACUGUGGUCUACGUUAUGUGCAAGAUCAUCACCAAAUCCAUUACCCACCACGACAUUAUGUUGUUGUCCUGGUUGACGUGAUUGAGAUUGCCUCUGUCACAAUUGGUUUUAAGAAGUAUCUUGUCGAUUAUGAAUAUUUGCCUCCGUGA